GUCCGUCCUGCAGGGGUCACUGUUCCUCUCUCCACCAGGCCUGGCCGUUCAGAAUGGGCGCAUGCGCAGUAUCCUCAUUUGGCCUCUGGUCUUUCAGGCGCUUAUGAUGCGCUGAAAGGUUGUCCGCUGCUCAGCUCUUCUUCACAACUGUUUAACGUCUAAACUCGGCUUGAGGAGCUUACUUGGCACUCUCUGCUGACGAGAAAGGCCUCCGUGACGGUCCAGCGAGUGGAGUCUGUCUGCAAUUACUGGCGAUGUUCAUGAGCGGCCUCAGCGAAAGCAAACAGACCCACGUCCACCUGAGGAACGUGGACCCGGCCACGCUGCAGAUCAUCAUCACCUACGCCUACACGGGCAACCUGCCCAUCAGCGACAGCACCGUGGAGCCGCUGUACGAGACCGCCUGCUUCCUACAGGUGGAGGACGUCUUGCUGCAGUGCAGAGACUAUCUGGUGAAGAAGAUAAACGCUGAGAACUGCGUCCGCAUGCUGAGCAUCGGUGACCUGUUCAGCUGUAGCGAGCUAAAGCAGAGCGCCAAGCGAAUGGUGGAGCACAAGUUCCCCAUGGUCUACCGGCAGGAGGCCUUCCUUCAGCUCUCUCACGAGCUGUUGAUAGACGUCCUGAGCAGCGACAACCUCAAUGUGGAGAAGGAGGAGACGGUGCGUGAGGCGGCCAUGCUGUGGUUGGAGUACAACAUGGAGGCACGCUCGCAGCACCUGUCCUCCGUGCUCAGUCAAAUCCGCAUUGAUGCACUGUCUGAGGUAACGCAGCGCGCCUGGUUCCAGGGCCUGCCACCCAACGACAAGUCUGUCGUGGUGCAGGGCCUCUACAAGUCCAUGCCCAAGUUCUUCAAGCCUCGGUUAGGCAUGACCAAAGAGGAAAUGUUGAUCUUCAUGGAGGCCAUGUCAGAAACGCAGGGCGAGGGAUAUGUAAUGGCUGCAGCCGUGCCUACAACAGUAGUGUGUUAUAGCCCACAGGCGGAGAAAGUGUACAAACUGAGUAACCCACCAGGAGACCUGCAGAAGGUGGGCACCCUCGUCACCCCCGACAACGACGUGUUCAUAGCGGGCGGACAGAUCCCUCUCAAGAACUCUAUCACCAACCACGGCAAGAGUGGCAAGUUACAGGCGGUGUUCCGCUCAGUUGAUAGUUUCUUCUGGUUUGACGCCCAGCAGAAUGCCUGGGUUCCCAAAACCCCAAUGCUCUGUGCCAGAAUCAAGCCCUCGCUGGUCUACUGUGAGGGUUACAUCUAUGCAAUCGGGGGAGAUAAUGUCGGAGGGGAGUUGAACAAGCGCACAGUGGAGCGCUACGACUGCGAGAAAGACGAGUGGAGCAUGAUGAGUCCGUUGCCUUUCGCCUGGAACUGGAGCACGUCUGUUGUGGCACACGACUGCAUCUACGUGAUGACCCACGACCUGAUGUACUGCUACUUCCCCCGAGCUGACACCUGGGUGGAGAUGGCCAUGCGCAAGACCAGCCGCUGUUUUGCUUCUGCAGCUGCCUUCGGUGACCUCAUUUUCUACAUUGGCGGACUACAUGUGGUCAGCAACUCUGGCAUCCGCUUGCCAACGAGCACCAUCGACGGCUCCUCCGUCACCGUGGAGAUCUACGAUGUCAAUAAGAACGAGUGGCGCCUGGCCGCCAACAUCCCUGCCAAGCGUUACUCGGACCCAUGCGUGCGGGCAGUGGUGUUGCUCAACUCACUGUGCAUUUUCAUGCGUGAAACCCACAUGAACGAGCGUGCCAAGUACGCAAUCUAUCAGUACGACAUGGAGCUGGACCGCUGGUACCUGCGGCAGCCCGUAUCCGAACGCGUGCUCUGGGAUCUGGGCAAGGACUUCCGCUGCGCAGUGGGGAAACUGUACCCCUCCUGUCUGGAGGAAUCCCCAUGGAAACCCCCAACCUACCUCUUCUCUCCCGACGGAGCCGAGGAGUUCGAGGUCGAUGGGGAGCUGGUGUCCCUCCCUCACGUAUAGCUCUUAACCUCCCCCCUCCCCUACCUCGCUGACUGAACCAGGAAUCUGUAAUGCAGAGGGAUGAACAUGAAGGGGGGGCAGAUCAUUUCUCUGACAAAAUGAAAGGGUUUGACGUUAUCUGUGUUCUAGAGGGAUGUCUGGACUUUGGAGGCUUGCGUUAGCUACAGCUGAUGCUGAUUGAACAAUGCAGCCCCGACAAGUUUGGAGCUAAAAGAUGCCCCUGAAAAAAUACUAGUAAUCUGAAAAUUUCUGUUUUUUUUUGUUUUUUUUUCAUUCAUAUUUUGUCAGUUGUGACAUCUGUUAGAUAUUAUUACAAGUCUGUCAUACUGUUUCUACAAUGUGAUAAUCUAAACGUCAACUGAUUUUUGUGAUGAUAACGAGGAUGAUGAUGCACUUAACUGGUAAAACCUUCUCUCGGAAUGACAAUGGCAACUGUACCAAAAUCCCCCCUCCCCUCCGAUUGUGGCUUCCCUCUCUUUCCCCCGUCUCCUGUUUUUUUUUUCCUUCUUCUUCUCACAACGCUGUUAAAGGAAAAGUCUGUGGAAAAUCAUUUGAGCUUCAAAAAUGUUGAAAAGGAGGCUCUGAAAAAAGUUAGUAGCUUCCUCCUUUUUUAUGAGGGCAGAGGAUCAGUCAGCUUUGAUUCACAGCAGCGAAAAUGCAGGUGAAUGGUGACAAAAAGAAAAGUAAAAAUGAUGUGUAGAAAACUUCUCAAAACACUCCUGUAGUGUAAUAGCUGUAGCUCUGAAGAUCUGUCCACUUGGUUAAAAUGUGCUCUUUUGUGGUUGAGCUUUGGUGGACAGCGAAGACGUAUUUUAAACACAGAAUUGGUUUGAGAAGUUUUUAUGAAUGUUUUGAUAUUGAGCCUGAAGUGUUAUUACUGGAAAAUGACAAAAAAAAUUACUUUGAACAAAGUCCUCUUACUGGAAGAAUUCUGGUGCUUUCAGCCACAUCUCAUGUCUUUCAUCAGCAAAUAGUUUUAUGUGGUAACUGAGCCAUUUUCAUGAGAACCAUGCAAAAUCUGUCCACUAAUGAGGGCCAUUUCUGUGAGGAAUUUUCUUUGUCAUGGAAUUUAUAAUUCACUUACAUCAAGGACAUUUUCUUAAUUUUGUGAUUAAAUAAUUUGAACCAUUUUAGUCUAUAAAAUUUGAGUCAAAAGUUAAAAAAAAAAAAAAAAGAAAUCCCAGAGCUCAAGCUAAAUUGAUUAUUUUUCUAACCAGCCAUUAAAAAAUCCCAAAACUAUUCAAUGCAGUCUCACAUUUUAGAAGUUGGAACAUCUCUUAAAUAGAGUUUAAGUGAGCUGUUAGUUGAUAGAAAAUGAACCAGCAGCAGUUAUUGUAUGAGCCAUUUCUCAAGCAAAAAAAUAGUAUAAUAUUCUCUGGUUACAGUAUGUUAAAUAUUUGCUUAUUUUGUCUGUUUUCAUAUCAUUGUAAACAGAAAACUGAAUACCUUUUUGGAUUGUUGGUCAGACAAAAUGAGCAAUUUUAAGAUGAUUAUUUGAGUUCUGGAUUUCAAUUUUUAUUUUUUACUAUUUUCUGCUAGUUUAUAGACCAAAUGGUUUAAUUUAUCAGCUGAUUAUCUUCUUGAGUAAUAGAUGAAAAUACGAGUUAAUUGAUCUUUUUGACACGAUUUUUGCUGGCACUCUGGGUGUCCGUAUGAAUUGUAACGUCUGUGAAUCCAAGCUGAAACCAAACUUUUCAGACCCUCCUUUCGAGCCUUUGAGGACAAAAGAUAAGAUUAUUCAGUGGCAUAUUCCUUUAAAAACAGGAUUCAUCUUCUUUAUAUUUCUUUGCAAGGCCCUGCAGACGAGAGGAACAGGG